CUUGACCGCUUGCUUGUGCUGCCUGGCGUGGAUGGAGCGCUCAGGGCAGGAUGGCAGUGAUGGAGUGAGUGUCGGAUGGAGCAGGGGAGCAGGUCAGGGAGGUUUUAGGGUCACCUCGUUUCUCUGGAAGCUGCAAAGAUGCUUUCCUCGAUGCCCAAAAGCAGAGAGUGAACUCCAGGACAGCACCGCUGGGAUUUCAGCAGCCCAAACUGAGCAUCAGCGAGUAAACAAUCCCUGAGCCUGUUUCCAGCUAGAAUUUCCUAGAAAAUAAUAGUAAUUGCUGGAAAAACCCAGGUGUCCUCGCCAAGACUGCAAAACCUCACUCCAAGGGAUGAAAAGCCAGUAGAUGGAGACGCCGUAUCCCGAGUGGGGAAGAGCUGAUCCCUGGGGAAGGGGGGAUGCUCUGCAUCACCUUCCCAGGGGUUUCUUUCGGCUGCUUGCUAGCCUGGCUCUUGGAUGGAAGGCUGCUUCUUGCAGGGACUCGCCUGCAUGGAAAGUCUAAACCCCUCCGAGCGCCAGCGGCGCCUCUCUGCCCUCCGGGAGCUGGGGAUUAGAUCAGGAAAUGAGGCACAAGCAGAGAGCAGUGAGACCCCCUCGGUGAGUUUUGGACCAAAAGUGGCUGCAGAAGUGUCCAUACCCUGGCACAACACUUCGUGGGCUUGGUCCAAUGGGUGCAAUCCUGCCCUAUGGGUGAAAAAUCACCGUCUCCUCCCCAUUGCUGAUCCCCAUUCCCACGCACGCCGCCGGCCGUCUCCAGAGAGCUUCUCCCUCCAUCCCAGCCCUCGAGCACCCACCAUUUGCUCUGUUGCUGGGUUUGAAGAUGCUUAAAAUCUGCAGCAGGCAGGGGAGGAGGAAGGGGCCGGCUCAGGUGUGGCAUUAGGACCCAGCGGAGCCCCCAUGUUGGAGGUAGGAGGUUUUUUGGGUUUUUGUGUGUUUUUUUUUUCUUUUUUUUAACUCUCAUUUCGGAGUUUUUGAAAGCAGAGAGAAGAGACCAAGGCGGUGGGCAAGGGCAGAAGCAGCACUAACACCCAGAGCGACUCCUCCGGCUGCAUCCCGGCCCGCGCUGCUCCUCCAUCGCUGCUGUCAGGAUGAGAGCGGUGGGGCUCUUCUUGCUGUGUCUGCCAGCAGCGCUCCUGGUCCAGGGACAGUACAGCAGGUUUGAAGGCAUCACCUACCCUGAGCCGGUGCAAUAUUCUCAGUACGACCAGCAGGCAGAAAUUCAGGAUUAUUAUGACUAUCACGAUGUCACCCCCCGUGCCCCCGAGGAGCAGUUUCGGUACCAGUCCCAGCAGCAAUCCCAGCAGGAAAUCGUGCCGGCCCCGACCCCAGCUGCUGCCCCCGAGACCGAGCCCACAGAGCCAGGACCCCUUGACUGCCGGGAGGAGCAGUACCCCUGCACCAGGCUCUACUCCGUGCACAAGCCCUGCAAGCAGUGCCUGAACGAGAUCUGCUUUUACAGCCUCCGCCGGGUUUACGUGAUCAACAAGGAGAUCUGUGUCCGCACUGUGUGCGCCCACGAAGAGCUGCUGCGAGCCGAUCUCUGCCGUGACAAGUUUUCCAAGUGCGGGGUGAUGGCCACCAGCGGGCUUUGCCAAACCGUGGUCGCAUCCUGUGCCCGCAGCUGCGGCGGGUGCUGAGCUCGAGGGGAACCCCCCUUCGCCAGCCGCAUCCCGGGAUCCCAACCCCUUCCCAUCUCCUCUCCUGGGUACCCAUCCCGCUCCGGAUCCUCACCGUGGUGCUAAAGAAACUGUGCAUGAAAGAGCAUAAAAAAAAAAAAGUCCAUUUUUUGUGCACAUAAUAAUUAAAAAAAAGGGGGGGGGAUUAUUUUUAUUACUUUCGUUAUUAUAUUGUAAAGGGGGAGCGGUGCGAGCCCCCGCUGCCCCAUUUUCUACGUAGAGUAUCCAAGAGAUAAAGCGUAAGGGUCGCUGCGGC